UAACUAGUGGAGCUUGCCAUCGACUUACACUACUAUUUUCCCCAUGGCUUCCUUUGCAAAGCGCUUUACUUUUUUCUUCCUUCUAAUGCUAUCCUCCUCUGUCCAGAUUCAAGCUAGGGAGAGCAAGUUCUUUAGCAAGAUCUUCCAUCUUGGGGCCAGAAUUUCUCCUGAUGAGGUGCCUACACCGACGCCAGCACCAGCACCAGCACCAGCACCAGCACCGGCUAACUCUGAGAGUCAAGAUCCUUAUUAUGGCCUUUAUGGUCAGGGCUCUGGUAUGUUCCCUCCUGCAAAAGAUCCUGUAAGCACUACCCACACUCCCACCGCUACUACCACUUUCGAAAAUGAUCUCCUCGCUGAAGAACUUGAAGAUGAAAAAUUUGAGACGGGCUAUGAGAAAAACAGCUACAACAACAACGGCUACACCACUAGCAAUUACAACAACAAUGGCUACACUACCGGAAAAUACAACCACAACAACGGCUACACCACCAGCAAUUACAACAACAACGGCUACACCACCAGCAAUUACAACAACAACGGCUACACCACCAGCAACUACAACAACAAAGGCUACUCAAGCAGCUAUAAGGCUAAUAGCUACACCAGCAAUUACAACAACAAUGGGUAUGAGACUGAGAGACAGGGAAUGAGUGACACCAGAUCUGUGGAAGGUGGCAAGUACUAUUAUGACGUGAAAAAUGUGAAUUAUUAUCCUGAAGGAUAUGAGUCAGGUAAAGAAACUGCUAAAAAUGAAGGUUACUAUGGAACUACAGAGAACUCCAAUGAGUUCAACUCCAUGGAAGAGUUCCAGGAGAGCCAAGAAGAGUAUGUGCCCUGAUGUUGUUCAGGAAUGAAAUAGACACUACAGUGGAUACAUUUAAAGUCCAGGAAGACUAAGUUAUGGGAAUCUUUCAUGUUUUAUUUUCUAGUCUCACUUGUUUUUGCACAAUUUUUAAGCUUUGCAAAUCAAAAAGGAUUGGAGACUAUACCGUUUCACAUUGGACUUAAUUGUAUACAUUUAAGGGUAGCUAUUGUUCUCUUGAUUCAAAUCAACAAAAUCAAUUUGGGUUUGCA